AUGGCUUCAGAAGAAAAGGAUUCCAGAAUGUCCUCCGGCAUUGACAACGGCAUUGAUGUUGAGAAAUCUAAAUAUGUGGAUCCAAAGAUGGAGAAGCAUUCGCACGAUGCCGACGAGGCUAUGAAGGCUAUUUCUGCUCUUCAGGGUGAAACCAUUGAGCUGGAUGAAGCUACAAACCGCCGUUUGUUAAGUAUUAUUGAUUGGCAUAUGAUGCCCAUCAUGUGUUUGGUUUAUGGAAUGAAUUAUCUGGAUAAGACCACUCUCUCGUAUGCCAAUGUCAUGGGUAUUAAAGAUGAUCUCAAUCUCAAGGGAGAUCAAUACCAGUGGCUCGCGAGUUUGUUCUACUUCGGUUAUCUCGCUUGGGAAUACCCAACCAACCGCCUCCUCCAGCGUCUGCCACUGGGGAAAUAUUCUGCAGCUUGUAUCUUGAUCUGGGGGGUGAUUCUCUGCUGUUUCGCCGCUGUGAAGAACUAUUCCGGCGCCAUUGCCAUCCGCUUUAUGCUUGGUGUAUUUGAAGCAGGCGUCACCCCGGGCUUUGCACUUUUGACCUCCCAGUGGUACACAAAACGAGAGCAAGGUAGCCGCGUCAACAUCUGGUUCAGCUUCAAUGGUGUGGGCCAGAUCUUCGGCGGAGUUGUUGCCUACGGCAUCGCCGCCGGCACCGAGAAGCACGGGUCCGCCAUCGACCCGUGGAAGAUUGUUUUCCUCGUCACCGGUCUGCUCACUGUCUGCCUGGGGCUGGUCUUCCUCUGGAUUGUGCCGGACAGUCAACUCAACGCGCGCUGGCUGAGCGAAGAAGAUCGGGUUCUAGCCAUUGCACGUGUCCGCGUUAACCAACAGGGCAUUGGAAACAAGCACUUCAAGAUGUAUCAGGUCAAGGAGACACUAUUGGAUCCCAUGACGUGGGCGUUCUUCUUUUUUGCCAUUAUUGCCAGUAUCCCGAAUGGUGGUAUCUCGAAUUUCUUCAAUGAAUUGAUUAAAGGAUUCGGCUAUGAGGGCAAGGACAGUCUGAUCCUGGGUGUCCCCGGUGGCGCUGUGGAGAUCGUUGCGCUAUUGCUCAAUGGCUAUGUGGGACAUAUCACGGACCAGCGCAUCCUUGCCAGCUUGGGUGGGCUGGUCUCUGCCAUCGUGGGGAUGGUGCUCAUUGUGGCGCUGCCUCUAUCAAAUAAUGUCGGUCGCUUGAUCGGCUACUAUCUCACACAAGCCAGCCCAACCCCUUUUGUGGCACUGUUGUCGCUCAUUUCGUCCAAUAUUGCCGGAUACACCAAGAAGACGACCGUGGCAGCGUUGUACCUGAUUGGAUAUUGUGUUGGCAAUAUCGUUGGCCCACAAACCUUCCGCCCCGAAGACGAACCCCGCUACGUCCCCGCCGAAGUGACCAUUAUCGUCUGCUGGGGCGUGUGUAUCCUCCUGCUGGUCGGGAUCUGGAUGUGGUACCGUCGGGAGAAUAAGAAGAAGAUCCUGUUUACUGCCCGCCCGGAAUAUGUGAGACGGGAGAAUCAAGAGUGGCUCGAUCUCACCGAUCGGGAGAAUCCCGAGUUCCACUAUUCUCUUUGA